AUGCCGAAACGUAAGCGCGGUAUCGCUACAUCAACUUCGAAAGCAUCUACCUCGUCCAAGCGGGUGAAGCGCGCUCCUACCACUGACGCACCGGGACCAUCUGCUUCGCCACAUCCACACGGAACUAUCGACUACGAGAAGGACUACAAGCUUAGAGCUAUCAUUAACGAGAAGGGCGGAAAGUACCUGAUCGACUGGGAAGACGACUCAGAGACUGGCGAAAAGUACGAGCCGACCUGGGAGCUGAAAGCGAACGCCAACGAGCUUGCUAUUGAGGACUGGGAGGCUACGAAGAGGGCCAGAGUCGCAGCAGGCACAUCUGCUACUCCUCAGCCGAAGGAGCGAGGUCGAAAACCUAAGAAGGCAGCCGAGCGCUUGUCUGCGCCAGCGAGGAAGCCUGGCAGAUCAAGGAGGGUCAUCGACAGUUCGCCUAUCGACAGUUCGCCUGGUCCGCAUGCUGAGACUGUGAAGUCUGAAGACGACGACGUUGUUCCUCCUCCAUCUGACAGCGGACCCGUGGAGACCGAGCCAGAACUCGAAAUCGAUGAGAGUGAGCCCGAAAACGACAACGAGAGCCUCCCAUCUGUGCCCGCAGACAAUCCCUUGUCCAACGGAAUUCCACUCGCAGUACAGCUGAGCGAUCCACCAUCUAGAUUCCGUGCAGGUGCUUACCAGAGGAUCUCAGAGCACGGCGACUCUUCUCGACCAAGUUCUAGACCAAGUUCUCGACACGACUCGUCGCUCAAGUCUUCUACUUCACUACCUAUUACUACUGAGGUGUUACGAAGCACUGCGGACGAGCCAGUGCCUAGUCAGGCACAGCCACAGCCAUCGUCGACCCAAGCUACCGGUGAUCAGAAUACCAGCCUAGUGGUACCGGAUUCGCAGAGUCAGCAGCAUUUUCACGAGACUUCGAGCUUCAAAGUCUUCUCUCCUGUGCCAGAGCUAGAGACUGCUGUGUCAACACAGGACCCUGCGACUUCGCAAGUGCAGCCUACGCAAGCAGCAGAGCCGGAACCGGAACCUGAAGAGACUCAGGAAGGUGAAGCACAGUCGAGGAAUUUUCCACUUGCGGUCGUUGAGCCAGUGCGUGGCGACUCUGUAUCGCAAGAGGUCGCACCUCAGCCACGAUCACCUAUCGCUGACGAGGCUGGUGCAAGUGGGGAGAAUUUUGCGACGAAGGAAGCAGAGGAGGUGCAAGCUCCAGGUGAACCCCAGGAAGCUGUAUCGAAGCCAGAGCAACCUGCCGCGUACGAGACUAGCGCAAGCGACGAGAAUCCUGCCACGAGAAUAGCAGGAGAAGUGCAAGCUCCGAACGGCUCUCAAGAACCGGUAUCGAAGCCAGACCAACCUUUGGCGGACAAAACCAACACGAGUGACGAGUCUCCAGCGAUCAGAUCAGAUUCAGAGCAGGAGCUUGCUGUUACUGCAUCGCACGUACAGGCAUCAGACCAAUCUGUAGCCGCAGGUCACGACAUAACGACCACGGACGAGCCAACUCGGCAGACAGUAGAGGAACAAUCUGAAGGAGGCGCUGCGGACGAGGAUCUCCACAUUACUUCUGUGGUCGAAGAACAGCCUACAAUCCAAGCUUCUGGGGCCUCAUUAGAAGAAGAGCAGCCGCGCUCACAGCAACGUCAAGAUCCACCACAGACUCAGUCAGGUGCGCCUUCGACAUCGGAACAGAGUCGCGACUACAUUGUCAUCAGCUCUGAGAACGAGCACGGGCAGAACUCGUCCAACGACCGUUCCAACGACUCGGCGCAAUUUCUAUCUCAGGCUAAAUUCAGCCCACCUCCUGGCGGACAACGCCCGCCAUCAUCCUCUGCUCUCCAAGGUAGUGUUGAGGAUAACUCUCAACCUGUCGAACUUCCGCCAGGUACAGCGCCAGCGUCCCAGAGUGAGACCAACGGUCAUUCGCAGCAAGCGACCGCAACUCAAUCAUCAUUCCCGUUCGCGACUCAGCUUCCCAAACCGUCAAGCGCUCCCAAAACCGAGUCCAAAGCACCAGGUUCGGCAACGAAGAGACGAGCAAUCUUCGCGCCUUUUCCCAAGCGCACGGCUUCGAGACCACCCAGCGUUACCUUGGGCACAUCUGUCGACACCUCUUCUUUUCCACCUAUACCUUCACAACCCUUGCAGACGCUCGGCGAAAGUGCACCGCCAAAACUACCGACACCAACUCCAUCGAUCUCGAAUACAUCUCCGGAAAGAAUGGACCCCUCAGCGGCGUCGCAGCCAGCGACACCCUCGCUUUCUAGCCAGCUCAAAGCGAUACGAGAGAGCCGCAGGCAAACAAGACGCUCUCAGACACCUGCCACGGUCAUCAACAAUGCACAGCCGAUCUCUUCACUACCUCCCAGCAUGAAUGCUGAAGUUGCAGCGGCUCGUAUGGCCUCUCCCGGACUGUCUGCACCAGACAGCGGGCGGUCACCAUCAGCCGUACCGGCGGUCGAGCCCGAGUCUCCAGUGAUAAGAGAGGAGAUGAACACGUCCGAGAGGUAUGAAACUCUUCUUCCUCAAGCACAGAGCAACGGCUUAGACUACCAGGAGCCUCAAACGAGGCCUUUGACAAAUUCCAACGAAGUGACAAUGGCGGCGCCUGAGGAUCCCAACGAAGACCCAGAGGUUGCUAAUAUGCACCUUGUGCCCAUCCCGUUCAAUGGGCCUCAGCGCGACUCUUACUCGAACAACAUCUAUCAUCACAACGCCGCGAUUGAGCGCAUACUGGCUGAACGACAUCCUGCAGAGCUACUUCUUGAGGAGGCGGAGAAGCUACUGCAGAGAUUGCGCGAUCUCGCAACACAUCCGGAUCUCACGAAUCACGAGACUCUUUCGCAGGCUUCUGAGCCAGAUCGACAGGCUCAGUGGGACGUCGACAGCAGUGGCAAGUUCUGCUUCCUCCAGAAGCUAUUCGACGCAUUGCAAGAAUUGAGCCAGACAACACAUGUCGCAGUAGCUGCACGAGGGCAUAGAGUGCCCGACAUGCUCGAGACCUUCUGCAGUGGCUGGUUUUACACUUAUAGCAGAUCGGGGCAAGACCAUCCCAGUAGCCAGCCUGGAAAGGACAAAGUUCGCAUCACGAUUCUCGACCUCGACAAGGAGACUGAAAUGCCACAAGAUGCUGAUAUUGUGAUCUCGAUGGACGGCACGACCGACUACCGACAUCGAAUCAUCCGUGCUGCGAGGCGGCAUACGAAGGGUAAGGGCAUGACCGGGACUAACAGUUGGGCCAUGCUACUCACUCUUGUUGUACCCAAGACUGUAGAGCACAUCGAACGAUGUCUCGCGUCUGAUCUGCCUCGAGCUGUGCGCGCAAGGGUACUCCUUGCAACGGCCAGAAAGCUCCAACACGAGGCUUGUAGGAAAGAGCACGAUGGACAAGAUUACGCCAAGGAAGCAGCAAGAAAACUGGUAGAGUAUCUUGACGACCCGGAGGCGACUGAAUGGCCACUGGGUUCGCUCAGCCCGAUACAGGAUCUCGAUAGCCAGACUCAGACAGAGCUUGAGGUCUCUCAUGCGGACGUAUCAACAGACCACGACUCCAAUGGCCAUCCUAGCAAGCGACCUCGACUUUCGGGCGACGAGAUACAGCAGCUGCCGACCACGAUCAACCCACAGGACAUGGAGAUCACUCACGUGAGCGAUUCGCUGGGCAGCAAGACGACGCAACCUAGUUUGAAUGCGAUCUUUGCCACCCCAACCGGACCGAGUGUGCGGGAGCAGCAGCUUGAAGCAGAACUGGACCGCGUGCAAGGGCGACUUGAGGACCACGUAAGGGACCUGGAAAAGGUUCAAUACCGGAACGAAGAGCAGCGCGCUGAUCUUUCCCACAAGUCACGCGAGCGGGAUGGUGCGGUAUCUCGCGUCCGUAAUGCGAUCGAACGCAUGAAUGUGGCCGAGAACAACAACAGCACCCUGAAAGCAGAACGCACGGAGCUCCAGAAGCAGCUCGACGCAGCUAACGCGAAGCUCCUCGACCACUCAGUACCUGAACGUGUAGACUUCGAGCGACUUCGUCUCGAGGCUGAGGCAGCCCACGUUGCCAAGGCAAAAGCCGACAAGAGUGUCGAGAAAGCGCAGAACGAGAUGGAGUGGUUUCGAUCGAUGUACCAAGACUCCUCCAACAAAGCUCGCGAGUUGCAAGCAGAGAACAACGACCUUCAAGCUCGUUUGGCCAUCGCGGAAAAGCAAGCUUCAGGCGAAAUGGCCCGAGCCCAACAGAUCUCACAAGACAUGCACUGGAAGACUCUUGACCGGGAGAACCGACAACUCAGAUCUAGGCUCAAAGACAGAGAGGCGGGAAUCAAGUUUCGCGAUGAGGAAAUCACACGCCUGAAGGAGUCUACACGCGGCCGCAUGGGGACACGACAAUCUUCUGUGCCACGCAGUCCACGCUUGGGUAGUCCUAUGAAACUUGCAGGUGGGAGAGGCUCUAGGCAGGCUAGUCCUGCUGCUGGAGAGGUGAGAGGAAAGGGUGGGCAUCCGUUGAGGAACUCUGCUGGUGGUUAG